UGAGAUUCUCGCGUCCGCCAUCUCUAGGAACCCGAAAAGUGGCUGAACGCGAAGCGGCUGUCAACAAGUUCGAGAGUGAGACUCAUAAAGAUCAAGCGGGGCUCAGCGCUGCCUCAUUAUACCUGCUCCCCGUCUUUUGUCGGAGAAGACUUUCAUGUGAAAGGAGACAACGGCGGGGAAUAAGACAGACAUGUCAAAUCUCAGCAAAGGGGGGACUAAAAAAGACACCAAGAUGAGGAUACGAGCCUUUCCCAUGACCAUGGAUGAGAAGUAUGUCAACAACAUCUGGGACCUCCUGAAAAAUGCCAUCCAGGAGAUUCAGAGGAAGAACAACAGUGGGCUGAGCUUCGAGGAGCUCUACAGGAACGCCUACACCAUGGUCCUGCACAAGCACGGGGAGAAGCUCUACACGGGCCUCAGGGAGGUGGUCACCGAACAUCUCAUUAAUAAAGUACGAGAGGAUGUGUUAAACUCCCUGAAUAACAACUUCCUGCAAACACUGAAUCAAGCCUGGAAUGACCACCAGACGGCGAUGGUGAUGAUCAGAGACAUCCUGAUGUACAUGGACCGGGUGUACGUCCAGCAGAAUAACGUGGAGAACGUCUAUAAUCUGGGUCUCAUCAUCUUCAGAGAUCAGGUGGUGCGUUACGGCUGUGUUCGGGACCAUCUGAAGCAGACCUUACUGGACAUGAUUGCUCGUGAGAGGAAAGGAGAGGUGGUGGACAGGGGGGCGAUUCGUAACGCUUGUCAGAUGCUGAUGAUUUUGGGCUUGGAAGGACGGUCCGUCUAUGAAGAGGAUUUCGAAGCCCCCUUCUUAGAAAUGUCUGCUGAAUUCUUUCAGAUGGAGAGUCAGAAGUUUUUAGCCGAGAACAGUGCGAGCGUGUACAUCAAGAAAGUGGAGGCACGGAUAAACGAGGAGAUCGAGCGAGUGAUCCACUGUCUGGAUAAAACGACGGAGGAGCCGAUCGUGAAGGUGGUGGAGAGAGAGCUGAUCUCCAAACACAUGAAGACCAUCGUAGAGAUGGAGAACUCAGGCCUGGUGCACAUGCUCAAGAAUGGAAAGACUGAAGACCUGGCCUGCAUGUACAAGUUGUUCAGCAGAGUGCCGAACGGCCUGAAGACCAUGUGUGAGUGUAUGAGCUCCUAUCUGAGGGAGCAGGGCAAAGCUCUGGUGUCUGAGGAAGGAGAAGGCAAGAACCCCGUCGACUACAUCCAGGGCCUUCUAGACCUGAAGUCACGCUUCGAUCGCUUCCUGCAAGAGUCCUUUAACAACGACCGUUUAUUCAAGCAGACCAUCGCAGGGGACUUCGAGUAUUUCUUGAACCUCAACUCUCGCUCGCCCGAGUACCUCUCGCUCUUCAUCGACGACAAGCUGAAGAAAGGAGUGAAAGGACUGACGGAGCAGGAGGUGGAGUCCAUCUUGGAUAAAGCCAUGGUGUUGUUCAGGUUCAUGCAGGAGAAGGACGUGUUUGAGCGCUACUACAAGCAGCACCUGGCCAGAAGACUCCUCACCAACAAGAGCGUGUCUGACGACUCGGAGAAGAACAUGAUCUCCAAGCUGAAGACGGAGUGUGGCUGUCAGUUCACUUCCAAACUGGAAGGCAUGUUCAGGGACAUGAGCAUCUCAAACACCACCAUGGAUGAGUUUCGGCAGCACCUCACGACGACAGGGGUGUCUUUAGGUGGUGUCGACCUCAUCGUGAGGGUGCUAACGACGGGAUACUGGCCGACCCAGUCAGCGACUCCCAAAUGUAGCAUCCCCCCUUCACCGAGACAUGCUUUCGAGGUCUUUAGAAGGUUUUAUUUGGCCAAGCACAGCGGCAGGCAGCUCACAUUGCAGCAUCACAUGGGGUCAGCAGACCUCAACGCCACCUUCUACGGGCCAGUCAAGAAGGUAACAAGCCGUCACAAACUGUCAAAAGAAUUGACUUCUCUUACAGCGUUAAACUGUGAUUUGUGUCUUCUUCAGGAGGAUGGCUCAGAUAUGGUCGGAGGGGCUCAGGUCACGGGAUCUAACGCCAGGAAGCACAUCCUGCAGGUUUCCACGUUCCAGAUGACAAUCCUCAUGCUUUUCAACAACCGAGAGAAAUCCACGUUCGAGGAGAUCCAGCAGGAGACAGAUAUCCCCGAGAGAGAGCUGGUGCGGGCGCUGCAGUCUCUGGCCUGUGGGAAGCCCACACAGCGAGUCCUCACCAAAGAGCCCAAGUCUAAAGAGAUCGAGAGCGGCCACGUCUUCACUGUCAAUGACCAGUUCACCUCCAGACUGCACAGAGUCAAGAUUCAGACAGUUGCAGCCAAACAGGGAGAAUCAGACCCUGAGAGGAAGGAGACGCGGCAGAAAGUGGACGAUGACAGGAAACACGAGAUCGAGGCGGCCAUCGUUCGGAUCAUGAAGUCCAGAAAGAAGAUGCAGCACAAUGUUCUAGUAGCAGAGGUGACCCAGCAGCUGAAGGCACGGUUCCUCCCCAGUCCCGUGGUCAUUAAAAAGCGUAUUGAAGGACUUAUCGAGAGAGAAUACUUGGCAAGAACACCAGAAGAUCGCAAAGUGUACACAUACGUAGCAUGAACGAGGAGCGCAAUAGAAAUGUGGCAUGAGAGAGCGAGUGAGAGUGCAAGCGUUGUUUUGGGACUUUGUCACACGCCUCACAUGGGAUGUUAUUUUAUUUUAUUCCCUUUUUUUGCCUUUGUUGUCAUUCGUGCUGGGAAUAAACUGAGAAGAAACCUCUCAUCUUCUAAUGAACUGGUUUUAAAUUGUUCUUUUGGAUUCCCACAAGGCUUUCCACUGGAUUCAACACUUUUACAGAAGGUCUUGGUCUCUAUGAGAGAAGUGAUCUGUGUGUGUGUGUGUGUGUGUCCUCACCACCCUACAACCCAAUUAAAAUAGUAAGCCACACAGUUUCGCAGCAUCGGAUCUCAUUACGACCUUUCAUAUCAUGAAAUACCUUCUGCGUUAUUUUCUUUUAUCGGUGUAAGUGUGUUUGUGUCUUGGAGGUUCAGAUGGAGCGACACACAGCAUAUAAUACGGUGGUUUGGCUGUCUUUUCUGUCUGUAAUUCCCUUGCCUUUAUUUCUCGACGUUUGUUUCAUGUCUAACAUGGCCAAUUGUAAAAGAUGACUUAAAAGCGUUUUAUUUUGAAGGGUCCUCCGAAAGCAGUUUAAAUGGAUGGGGCGCAGUUUGUGUUUUCAGCAUUAUUAUAUUUCAAUGUGUAUAAAUUGUAAAAUAAUUGUUAUUGUACUCAAUGCUGGAGUGAACUGUACAGGGGCUUGUUUUGAUCAUUAAAUGUAGAAAAAUACAGAAAAACAACAAAAAAUCAACAAUAAAAGGAUUGGCCGUUUUGGGUCAGACCGUU